UGUGGCUGGAAGAGUAGCUAGCGGAUGAAAUGGAGGCUAAAGGAAUGAGUAAAACUUAGAUCUUAGACGCAGAAGAACCCAACAUGUCACCCUGCGCAUCCUGAUGAUGUUACUCAGCCUCGGGAAGGCAAAUGCAGAUCCAAACCAGGGAACUCCGUGAGUGGCCGUUAGUGAGUAUGUUCACAGUACCACAGACAGAUUCUUGAUCAAGUACUUACUCCAUGGAUCCAGGCCAGGUUCGUCCCAUGGCCUGCCCUGAGCAGCGUACAGUCUGAGAGAAGAUUCCAUCGGCAAAACCAUCUCUUGCCUUACGGAACAAGCAAAGAAGAUGGACCUACUGAGGAGCCAUCUGACUGUGUGCUUACCACCUUCUGUGCCCUUUUUAAUCCUAGUCUCCACUCUAGCAACCGCUAAGAGUGUAACCAACAGCACUUUAAAUGGCACGGACGUGGUCUUUGGCUCUGUGCCUGUCAUCAUUGCCAAAACUGACCAUAUCAUCAUCAAGGAGGGGAGCAGCGCCUUGAUUAACUGCAGUGUUCGUGGCGGCCCUGACCUAGCGUUUAAGUGGUAUAAUUCUGUUGGCAAGCUGCUGAAAGAAGGGGAAGAGGACAAGGAGAGAGGAGGAGGAAAAUGGCAAAUGUUGCAUGGCGGCCUCCUGAACAUCACCAAGGUGUCCUUCUCAGACAGAGGUAAAUACACGUGUGUGGCGUCGAACAGCUAUGGCACCGUAAACAACACAGUGACCCUGCGAGUCGUCUUUACCUCUGGAGACAUGGGUGUGUACUAUAUGGUUGUGUGCCUCGUGGCCUUCACUGUCGUCAUGAUCCUCAACAUCACCCGCCUGUGUAUGAUGAGCAGCCACCUGAAGAAGACUGAGAAAGCCAUCAACGACUUCUUUAGGACAGAAGGGGCUGAGAAGCUGCAGAAGGCAUUUGAGAUCGCUAAGCGCAUCCCCAUUAUCACCUCAGCCAAAACUCUAGAGCUUGCCAAAGUGACCCAGUUCAAAACCAUGGAAUUUGCCCGGUACAUCGAAGAGCUUGCCAGAAGUGUGCCCCUGCCUCCCCUCAUCAUGAACUGCAGGACGAUCAUGGAGGAGAUCAUGGAAGUGGUUGGCCUAGAGGAGCAGGGGCAGAAUUUUGUGAGGCAUACCCCAGAAGGCCAGGAAGCCGCAGAUAGGGAUGAGGUCUACACAAUCCCCAACUCUCUGAAGCGAAGUGAGUCCCCCACCGCCGACUCAGACGCCUCGUCGUUGCAUGAACAGCCCCAGCAGAUUGCCAUCAAGGUUUCGGUUCACCCGCAGUCCAGAAAGGAUCAUGUGGAUGACCAGGAGGGCGGACAGUUUGAGGUCAGAGAUGAAGAGGAGACAGAACCGUCAGAGGAACACUCCCCAGAGACUGGAGAGCCUUCGACAGACAUAACGACCACGGAGCUGACGUCCGAAGAGGCGUCACCUGUAGAGGCACCAGAGCGAGGCCUGCCACCAGCACACCUGGAAACGACAGAGCCAGCAGUGACAUGUGACAAAAACACCUGCAUUAUUUAUGAAAGCCAUGUCUAAUCUUAACUCUGAAAAGCUAUGCAUAUCAAGAAAAAUCAGGGGCUGCUCCUUGUAAUACAAAUGUAGUAUGCACUUGCCGCUAAGCCUUACCAGGAGACUCUCAUCCCUUAGAAGGAGUGAUGCCCCCGUGAUAGGGAAGACACCUGCAUGGAGUUCAUAUGACUAGACUCACCCCGGUAGGAAAAGACGUGAGAAGUGCUGGGGCACAGAACUGAUAAGAUGGGGCAGAGGUUUGUCUGUCCAUGUGAUCUGAAUUGUAGAGGCCGUUCUCUGCCAAAUCUCUUAAUUGGCGAUGUCCUUUUGGCCAAGAGUACACUCUUGUAAGACAUUCUGAGUUCAGGAGCCCUGUCUAAUGCACACUGCAUUGCUUUUCUUUGGAAAAUUAUAAGUCUGCUACAGUAGCAAAUGCUCAUA